CUACCUUCCCUGCUCCUAUACUCUAUCCUCGUCAAAUCUCGUAGCUGGUUACUAUGAUCGGUCAAUUUGACACCUACCAUUCUUCAGUCUGUAUCUCUUCCUCGAACCAUGGCAUCGAUCCUCAGGGAGUAUCGGAACCUUUGUUGCGAUAUGCCGCAAACCACUGGGUGAGAUAUGCCCCACAGAACUUUCGAGAACUUCUCACUUAUCAUCGUUAGGCGGAACUAAAAGCUAAAUUCCUUUUAGUUUACGCAGAAGAGAUGUCAUGGACUCCAUCUCAAACCUGCUAUCCUCCAAUUCCAAGAUCAAAACGUCCCUUGAGGCCACGCUCACAAAAUACGCAUUUUUGGACACUCGAGGACAGGAUGAAACGUAUCCAGUCCCGCGCCACCCUCCGGCGUAGAUCUGCUUCGCCAAACCUUUCUCAGCGAUCGACAAUACCAGACCUCAAAGUUCUUCAUGCGCACUAUGCUCGCCAGCGUAUGCAUGGAGAAGCAUAUGACGAAUACGAGUGCGGAAAUUCCAGUCCAAAGCGCAAGCGAGCUGUUAUCGGUAUUCGCGACGUGGAUGAAACUUCUCUGGAAAUGUUGCCCUUCGUGAGGCCUCGACGCUCAUACCAAUGCAGCUAUGGUGAGCGACAACCACAAUGGUCACUAGGUGUCCAGAGUUUGGUAGAUCCCCAUAUCGACGCUAUAGUGAAUUACGAGAUGGUAAACGUCAAGGAUGAAUCUGAGUUGCAGUCUAAUGCAACAUCAAGAUUUUCGAUCGGUGCAGAUAGCACGUCCGUGAAGCGCGUCGUCCAUGGCGAUUUUGGUGUGCCUCGCAUGUUUGAGAGGGGGCUGGCGUCGAAGAAAACGACUGAUCCCCGUCUGCGACCUCGUCCUACCGUAACUAUGGUCGACAUUGACAUGAUUGCAACUCGAGAACCUCCAUCUACCGGUCAUCACCGAAACAAAUCUUCAGAGUUCGUCCAAGCUUCUGAUCCAAUGCAAACCACUGCAGACUUGAUGCGGGAGAUUUUUGGUGAUGGAGAAGUGGACGACGCGGACAGCAUCUUGUCUUCCAGAUGUUUCUAUGAAAUGGAAACGUUGAAAUCCGUUCAUGAGAAUCGAGCUCUUAAGCAAUUACACGGCUAUAAAGUAGGCUUCAACAUAUUUGAACAAGACGUAAAAUGGAUACCAUCACCAUGAUGUUGCUGCGCCAAAUACUAUUUUCAACUUCCCUCCUCCGCAAAAGCCCCUUUGGUCUCAGAGCGAUGGGAAAUGCAAACUAAUGCGACGUUCGCGGGGGCUUUAAGGGAACAGACCCCCGACUCAGUCCCUGAACAUGCGGCAAGGAACUUACCAGAGUAAAAAUGCAAUGACAAGCGUAUCGCCGAUGGCAAGUCGAACAAUCUAGCUGGUGGCAAGCCCGGCGGUACCCUAGCUCAUGGCCUGGGAUGCGGGAAAUGUGUGGGUAGUGCGUCGAAUUGUUGUAAACAUGACUCCUCGCAAAUGAGCACCUCCGAGUCGGACUCGAAACAGGCAGAAAUGCCAGCAGAUUCAACGGAACAGCGAACGUUCUAGCUGUUGUGAAUGCUAAAGAGGAAACAAGCCCACGACGAUGCGAGACCACCGU